CGUUCAUGCUAAAGGCUCGCGCGCCGCUGAGACGGUCAAACCUACGUAAAGAGGAAGCGCUCUGGCUCUUUCCAAAAUGGCGGCCACCAUAGAGAACAGCAGUGCUGGAGCUGCGAAUAAGAAAAAACAUUUAGGAAUUCCUGAAGCAGUGUUUGUAGAGGAUGUGGAUUCAUUUAUGAAGCAGCCCGGCAAUGACACGGCAGAUGUCGUGCUGAGGAAGCUUGACGAACAGUACCAGAAGUAUAAAUACAUGGAACUCAACCUGGUUCAGAAAAAAAUGAGGUUGAAAAACCAGAUUCCACAAAUCAAGCAGACAUUAGAAAUCUUACGGCACAUGCAGAAGAAAAAGGACACUACAGAUCCGAUGGAGACACAUUUCCUAUUGGCUGAUAAUGUGUACUGCAAGGCCUCCGUCCCGCCCACGGAUAAAGUGUGUUUGUGGCUUGGGGCCAACGUAAUGUUGGAGUAUGAUAUAGAUGAAGCUCAGACACUGCUGGAGAAGAAUCUCGGCACGGCUUCUCGAAACCUGGAGUCUCUAGAGGAGGACCUGGACUUCCUCCGAGACCAGUUCACAACCACUGAAGUCAAUAUGGCGCGUGUGUACAACUGGGAUGUCAAGAGGAGGAGCAAAGACAACCUUCUUAAAUCAGCUGAGAGGUCUUAGAGGAGAUGUAACGCUUCCCUGUCAAAGAAACACCCCAGUCAGUUUUCCUCCACACUGUUAUCUAUUGAUUUUGUUACUUUUAAAGUAUUUUUUCAAGUAAAAAGGAAAUGGAAACGAAACAGAAGUCAUAAUGCAGUUUUCUUUUUUUUUAUUAUAAUCAGUAGUUGUUUGCUUUAUUUUACCUGGUUAUUUUCAUUCUAUACUUACCGACUUAAGUCUGGUGUUCGUGACACUGAGUUCAACUGUUUCCUGUUAAUGGGAGAAAUAUACUCCUUUUGAAUAAGUCAGAGUGAGGAGACACUGGAUAAAAGGGGUGGAUUGUUCUAAAGGGGAAAAGUGUGUUUAAUAAACCCUUUCAGGGGAAAUGUGUGUUCACUGGUUAACCUUCCCAUCUGUCCUGACUCCUUCCACUUGCUCAUGUCUCUCUCCUCCUUCUCUUGACUCCAUAGCCCUUACCUCUGCUGAAACCUGUGCUUUUUCCUCUCCCUUUUUUACCUCUUUUCACCUGUAUUUAUUUGUUAAAUUGUAUCCAUUAAAACUGAAUGAGCAACUCACAAUGAAGCUUUAGGGAAAGACACAAAGUGAACAAAA